UUGUGUUCUUCCUUUCUAAUAGGUCAGAUUCUUCUCACAAUAUGUUUCUCGCAAAGCAAUACAUUGGCGGACUUGCAGUCCGCUGGUGAUCAUGGACCACCGUCGAAGAGGUUGUCUGAUGCGCCAACUGAACCUCCUUCUUUGUCUUCCAAUGGCCCCUUGAGAUCAUCUUCUCCUCUGAGAUCCGAAGAAGCAGCCUCUUCUAAGGAGGAAAAGCCUCAGGCGCAGACCUUUGCUGGUCGACUUGCUCAAAUUUUCAACAAGAAUGGGGAUGCAGUAUCCGCGGCUAACGUGAAAGCUCCAGAUAUAACAGUGACACCUGAAAGUGCCAGUACCGCAGCUUCUGAGAAUGCGCAAGAGGAACAGUCCACAUCGGGAAACUUUCAAGAACUAAUUAAAAGCAUGGAGGCAAGAGAACAAGGAAGCGAAGUUUCAAACCUUCCUGGAGUAGUAGUCGAUCAAUUGUAUGCUAUUGCCCCGCAUGAAUUGAAUUCAUUCCUGUUUUCACCGGAUUCAACCUUCUUUAAAUCCUUAGCAGAUAUUCAGGGGUCCACAGAGUUGCGUAUUGGACCUUGGAAACUUGAAAAUGGUGGUGAGAGUUUAAAAAGAGUGGUCACUUUUACCAAAGCUGCAAGUAGAUUGGUCAAGGCUUUAAAAACUACAGAGGACCAAAUGUAUCUUAAAGCUGAUGGGAAGUCUUUUGCUCUUUCAGCUAUUGUGAGUACCCCGGAUGCCCCAUAUGGAAGCACUUUCAGGACAGAAUUGCUUUACAACAUUACUCCUGGUCCUGAGUUGCCUUCGGGAGAACAGUCUUCGAGGUUAGUAGUGUCGUGGCGCAUGAAUUUCUUGCAAAGCACUAUGAUGAAAGGCAUGAUAGAAAAUGGUGCACGGCAAGGUAUUAAGGAGAGCUUUGAGCAGUAUGCAAAUUUAUUAUCUCAGAAUGUAAAGCCAGUUGACGCGAAGGACUUAGGUUCAGAGAAAGAACAGGUUUUGGCAUCUCUUGAAGUGGAGCACCAGUCCGAUUGGAAGCUGGCUUUCCAGUAUUUUGCUAAUUUUACUGUAAUAUCAACGUUUUUCAUUGGGAUAUAUGUGUUUUUGCACAUCUUGUUGGCCAUGCCUAGCACAAUACAGGGGCUUGAGUUUGUUGGCCUUGACUUACCAGAUUCUAUUGGUGAGGUAAUUGUGUGUGGAGUGCUAGUACUUCAAGGAAAACGGGUGCUGGAGCUGAUAUCACGCUUCAUGCGAGCUAGGGUACAAAAAGGAAGCGACCAUGGUGUCAAAGCCCAAGGAGAUGGUUGGCUGUUGACCGUUGCCUUGAUUGAAGGAAACAAUUUGGCAGCUGUUGACUCAAGUGGCUUCUCUGACCCAUAUGUGGUGUUUACAUGCAAUGGGAAAACUAGAACCAGUUCAAUCAAGUUCCAAAAGUCUAAUCCCACAUGGAAUGAAAUAUUUGAAUUUGAUGCAAUGGAUGAGCCGCCAUCUGUUCUGGACGUAGAAGUGUUUGAUUUUGAUGGACCUUUUAGUGAAGCUACAUCUCUUGGGCAUGCUGAAAUCAAUUUUGUCAAAAGUAAUAUAACAGAUUUGUCUGAUGUUUGGGUUCCUCUUCAAGGAAAGUUGGCUCAAGCCUGCCAGUCUAAGCUGCAUUUAAGAGUUUUCUUGAAUAAUACAAAGGGUACCAAUGUUGUCAAAGACUAUCUGUCUAAGAUGGAGAAGGAAGUCGGGAAGAAGAUAAAAUUACGAUCUCCUCAGACCAAUUCAGCAUUCCAAAAGCUUUUUGCGCUUCCACCUGAGGAAUUUCUCAUCAAUGAUUUUGCAUGUCACUUGAAACGCAAGAUGCCCCUCCAGGGCCGACUAUUUUUGUCUGCAAGAAUAAUUGGGUUCCAUUCUGAUCUAUUUGGACAUAAGACCAAAUUUUUUCUUCUUUGGGAAGAUAUUGAAGACAUUCAAGUUGAGUCUCCUACUUUGGCGUCAAUGGGUAGCCCGAAUGUUAUCAUGACUUUAAAGCCCGGUAAAGGUUUUGAUGCAAGGCAUGGUGCCAAGACUCAAGAUGAGCAAGGCAGGCUGAAGUUUCAUUUCCACUCUUUUGUCUCUUUCAAUGUGGCUCAUAGGACUAUCAUGGCAUUGUGGAAGGCAAGAGCUUUGAGUCCCGAGCAGAAGGUGCAGUUAGUUGAAGAAGAGUCCGAAGCUAAAGGCCUUCAAAUGGCAGAAGAGGAUGCGAUAAGCAAUGACUUCCAAGCUGCUGAUGAUGACUCUGAAGGCAAAAGCCUUCAAUCGGAAGAGAGUGGAUCGUUCGUGGGUGUGGAGGAUAUAAAUAUGUCUGUUGUAUAUGCCUCUGUACUUUCAGUUCCUACGGACUUUUUCAUGGAGUUAUUCAGUGGUAAUGAACUUGAUCGUAAGAUCAUGGAGAAAGUCGGUUGUCUUAAUUAUUCUUUUAGUCCCUGGGAAUCUGAGAAGCCUGAUGUGUAUCAGAGGCAACUUUAUUAUAAAUUUGAUAAGUGUAUAUCCCGUUAUAGAGGUGAAGUGACAAGCACGCAGCAAAAGUCUCGCCUUUCUGAUAAAAAUGGUUGGCUCGUAGAAGAGGUCAUGACUCUUCACGGAGUUCCACUGGGUGAUUUUUUCAAUCUUCACCUGAGAUACCAGGUUGAGGUUGUCCCCUCAAGAUCGACGAGAUGCAACGUUCAGGUACAUCUGGGAAUUGCUUGGUUGAAAUGCUCGAGACAUCAAAAAAGGAUCACGAAAAACAUAGUUUCUAAUCUGCAAGAGCGCCUAUUAGUCAUGUUCAGCGGAGUUGAGAAGGAAUAUCUCUCAAAAUCUGAUCCCGUCGUGAUCUAGAGGGGUCCUUUGGCUUUUGCAGACCCUCGGAAGGACUAAUUAUUGCCAAUAUACACAAUCCCGGUUGAUCCUCAUCCACCAAAUAUUCGCUGAAGCAAUGUUGUUGUAUAAUAGUUCACGAGUCACUAACACUGAUAGGAAGAAGCAAAAUAUGUAAAAAUACACUAUGGAGCUCAGUGUAUGGUUGAAGAUAUCAGGAAUAUGCAGCCAAGACAGUGAUCUCCCA